UCUCAUAAAAUCUUUUCUUUUUUUCUUCAUUGUUUUUUCGGUUUAUCUUUUACUUUUUCUUUUCUAAUCUUAUUUCUUCUUGACUCGUACUUUCUUCUCCUUUUUGCGAGUUGUUAGUCUUGCUCCUUCGACUUCAUAUACAUGUACCCAUAUAAACCAGACGGAAGACGAAGAAACGUUGGAAAGUUUUUCGUAAUGGAGAAUCAGUUUUCGGGUCUUCAUAAUCGUCAUCCUUGCGGUAUUGGCAUCGGUGGAAUUCGUCGAAAACCACAAUUCGGAAAUAGCCGAGAUACUUCACAGGCCGAUGAGGUCCUUGGCGUACCCUAGCAACAGUGGGAUGGGUCUCUUCUUCGCGUUGGCGGUCCCGUUAAAUGAUCCCGAACAUUCGAUAUCAUUGUCCUACUUUUUUGAAGCGAACUACAAGCUUCCGGAUAAUGCGACGUAUUACGACGCAGGGUAUUACGGAGUCAGGAAACGACGCAGUAUCGACAGGACGACGGUCUAUCGAGUCCUGGAAAGUAAAUUCGAAAGCGCCGGUUUUCCGGGACGCGAAUGUCUGCUCCGCUCGAUCUGUGAGACGUCCGAAUGGCCGAUCCGACACAACGGAAUCUUAGGAGACGUGAUGCAUGUAAUUUUAACACCCUCGUCGUCUCAGAAGGAAGAUUUGCCGAGAGAAUUCUCGGAAGCCGAAGAAGCUGGAAAGAAUGGCACGUGCACAAAAUUCUACCCUCUUUGUCCGAUGGGGGUGUUCGACGUUAUCGGAACUUUCAUCGGCUUCUAGGAGCGGCGUUCGAUGUUGACAAUUACUGAUUUCCCGCAACCGAUCACCUUCGAUAUCGACCAGAUAUCAUGAAGAAUCAUCUCAUCCUUAGAAUUUCAGUCAGUUUCUCGACAAAAGCGUAGCAGUGUUUAUUGAACGGAAGUCGUUAGAUCCGUUAGUGCGGAAGGUUGUGGAGAAGUUUCCAAACAGCCUGAACGGAAUUUAGUUUCCUUUUCCAGCUCGCGCCGUUGAAAUUUAUCCCGUAAAUAUGUUAAGAGGUACGCGUAAAGCUCAGCUUAUUUAUUUGUAAUCUCAUACAAUUUCUCUUAAAAAAAACUUACGCCGUAAAUAUCUCUGAUAUUUGUAAACAUUUGCCCACUUAUCACCUGCCCCAUUCACCUCUGAAUUGUAUAACUUCAUACACACCGCGAGCAUUGUCUCCAAUCGGAGUACCUUAUACUUGAUAAGGGUAGACGGGUAAUAAUUUACUGACAAAUAGGACUGGAAUUAAGCGGGAUCUGGACGUGCUUAUACAUAUACGUUUUCCGUACGACGACAACUUCGCGCGAUCCGCACUCAACGAAUCACACCGAUUUAAACUAAUUUGAAAAUCUUUCGAAUAACCAAACUUCUCGAACGAGCGUGGUCUUUAUUUCUUUUUGCUUCCGAAAUCGACUUGACCCAACCUAUCCGACGCAUUCCAUGAACGUACCUAGCGCACGAGCACUCACGGUAUUAGAGAUGUAUCAUUGAAGCUUAUACAAGUAUACACAGAACCAUCCUAUCUAUUCCAUCGUGGCCCGAUGCUCUCGACCCCCAGAUCCUCGAUAUCGCAUCGCAUGUAGGAUGUGUACGAUCCGGAAUAAGAUAACGCGGAGGAACUACAUCUGAAUAAAAAUCAGUACUUAGGAAAAAUAUGUCCAAGGCAUUGGAUACGAUCGACAUAAAUAAGGGAUACGGAUCAAAGAAGAUGAAAUUAUCAUACUUUUUACAAGAAAAUACCUCCAUUUUCUCUGUGUACUGUGCUAUUUAUUUGACUUUAUUUAAUCAGGUCAGCCAGAAGUCGGUAGAUUCACGAGAGCCGUUUCCUUCUGCGCAGUAUCUGGAGCAGUGUCCGCUCCACGGUAUAAGGUGCGGUAACUGUAUCUGUACAUUUGUAUCAGUCCAUUACAAAACAGACGUAUUUAAUCAGUAAUAUACUUUGAUUAUCCCCAAUCAAUGUCUCUCGUAAUAGCCGAGCUUAAUUAUUAUUGGAUACUUUGAUUGCAAACGGCUGAUCGAUUUCACCCAAUUUCGAGGCGACGCGUCGAUUCGCCGAAUAGAGGGUUGCUCGAAUAUAGCAAGAAAUAUCCUUUUGCACUUGGCACGAGCU